AUGGAAAAGAUCUUCCAAGCUUCCAUUAUCUUCCUUACAAUUCUCCCCCUGAAGAUAAGGUUAGGUGAAGUAGGGAUUGUUUUCGCUAAAGAUGUGUGGAACAAGAUUUUUGGAAGUGGACACAUUCAGGUAGAAGGAAGAAAGUACAUCCAUCGGACUUUUGAAUCCAAGAACUCGGGUAGGAAGUCUAUUUAUAAGAGAUCAUAUUAGUGGACAAUUUUGUGACGUGAAGGACGCUUUUUAAAGGAAUGGAUGGGCUGAUUUGGAAAUCUCCUUUACCGGCUACAGUGGUUCGAGUUCCAUCAACAGUUGCAAUUUUCUUGUUACUUGGACAAGGUGAGUAUGUGGUGUAAUGGACAAGGUGUGUAUGUGGAG